AUGCUUUCACAUGAAGGUUUACCACCUGAACGUGAAACACUUGAAUAUGCUUGGUGUAGUAUACAUAUAUCAUUAUGUAAUGAAAGUUUAACUUUAAACGUUGGUAUAAUACAAAUUCGACAAUUAUUACGUCUUUAUCCUGGCUCAUGGUUAGAAGCUGGUUCAAUAAGUGUUCCUGAAUUACGUAUUAAUGAAAAAUUUGAAUGUCAUCCACCAACACCUGCUACUAUUAAUGAACAUUUAGAAUUUCUUCAUCGACAUGAUCAACAUUCUGAGCGACUUCAUUUUCUUUAUAAUCUUAAAUCUCAACAAACAUUAAAUAUUCCAACAAUAUCAACAAAUUUAAAACGUCCAUCUUAUGUUGGUUUAGCAACAAAUUCUAAUAUAUUAUCAUGUGCAUGUCUUGGUGGUUCAACAAAUUAUUAUACACUUGUACAAGGUGAACAAUUUUUUAAAAGUACAUUUCGUCUUAGUAAACAAUCAUUAUUUGUUCGUUCAUUAUUUCAUCCUAAUUUUACAUGUUUUACAUUCACAUUUUAUAUUUGA